CUAACUUUCCCCGUAGUUCUUGCUCUCUAAUUUUGUUUCUUUCUAUACAAAAAUACAAUUAAAAAACAAAAAACAAAAAACAAAACAAAAACAUUUUGCAAUCACAGUUUUCUCACUCGUCUCUCCUAAUUUCUUUGUUAAAUUAAAUAUUGCAAUCUCGCUAAGUUAAAAGAGAAGAGUUUCAAAGAGAGAGAGAGAGAGAGAGACAGAGUGAGAAGCAGAGAAGAAGAUGCUUUUGAGUCAGUUUCAGAGCUCUCAGCCAUGGAUUUUCCCUCCACCUCGAUUUCAUGCACUCAAACCGCUUUCUUCUUCAAAGAGAUACAGGCAAUCAAUGCCAUGCCAAUUUUGGUGUGUUAAAUCAUCAGCCUCAAGCAUGCGUAAAUCUAUAACAGAAAGUACAGGAAAAUCGGAGGUCAGAUCUCAAAGGAGAGGGAAUGGUUUAGUUUCCACUAUGAAUAUAAAUGCUGCAGAUAGUUUGACUGCCAGAUUCUUCAAGAUAGACCAGGGUAGUAGCCCUCAGGGUCACCAAUCUCAAAUUAUGAUGGCAUCUAUGUUGUCAUAUCUUCUGCUUAGACUGACAAAGUUAAAUAUUAUUAGUUCUUUCACAAAGAUGAUACAAGAAGUACUUCCGUGUGUGGUUCAGUCCUUUGGUGCAUCAAGCUUGCCUUUUGCUUCUAUUUCAAAUUCCUUGAACAAAUCCACGCCUCUUAAACUGGAUGUGUCUUUACCUUCUUUUCAAGAUAUUCGGUGGAGCUUUGCAAGGCUGCUCUACCUAUUUAACAUACAACUUGAGAGAAAUGUUGCCACGUUCUUAGUAGUGCUUCUUGCAGCAUGCUUCUCAUUUGUCGUAAUUGGUGGUUUCCUGUUCUUCAAGUUCAGGAAUGACACACAAUCUCUGGAGGACUGCUUAUGGGAGGCUUGGGCAUGUCUUUGUUCAUCAUCUACUCAUUUAAAGCAAAGAACACGUGUUGAACGUGUUAUUGGCUUUGUUCUUGCUAUAUGGGGCAUAUUGUUUUACUCUCGCCUUUUGAGCACAAUGACAGAACAGUUUAGGAACAAUAUGCAAAAACUCAGAGAAGGAGCACAAAUGCAAGUCCUAGAGAGCGAUCAUAUAAUUAUUUGUGGAGUCAACAGUCAUCUGCCUUUCAUACUAAAGCAAUUAAACAAGUAUCAUGAAUUUGCUGUCCGCUUAGGUACUGCUACAGCUAGGAGACAGAGAAUUCUUCUUAUGUCCGAUCUUCCAAGGAAGCAGAUUGACAAGAUAGCUGAAAAUAUUGCCAAAGAUCUUAACCAUAUUGAUAUUCUGACAAAGAGUUGUAGUCUUAACUUAACAAAAUCAUAUGAAAGAGCUGCUUCCAGUAAGGCACGUUCCAUCAUUAUACUGCCAACAAAGGGAGAUCGGUAUGAAGUUGAUACAGAUGCUUUUUUAUCUGUACUAGCUCUUCAACCUAUUUCUGAGAUGGAAUCUGUUCCUACUAUUGUUGAGGUUUCGAGUCCCAAUACAUGUGAUCUUUUGAAGUCAAUCUCAGGAUUGAAAGUACAGCCUGUAGAAAAUGUUGCAUCAAAACUAUUUGUUCAGUGCUCUCGUCAGAAGGGACUCGUAAAGAUUUACAGACACUUGCUUAACUAUCGAAAAAAUGUCUUUAAUCUGUGCAAUUUUCCGAAUCUAGCAGGAAUGAAAUAUAGGCAAUUUCGACGUGGUUUUCAAGAGGCAGUUGUAUGUGGCAUCUAUAGGAAUGGGAAGAUAUACUUCCACCCCAGUGAUGAGGAAAUCUUGCAGCAAAAUGACAAAGUAUUGUUCAUUGCCCCUAUUCACAAGAGAAAGAAACCACAGAUUCCUUAUUCAAACAAAAUAAGUGAUUCCUUUCAGAACUUUGAAGUCCUAGAAAGGAAUGGUGAAACUCCUAGUCAUGCCUUGGAAUUGAAGAAAACACGACUUGAAAAUAUUGUGCAGCGUCCCAUAAAAUCUGGUUCCAAGGCUUCAGAUUGGACUCUAGGACCAAAAGAAUUCAUACUUUUGCUUGGGUGGCGCCCAGACAUUGUGGAAAUGAUUGAAGAAUACGAUAAUUAUCUUGGACCAGGCAGUGUGGUGGAAAUAUUAUCAGAUGCACCAUUAGAUGACAGAAAUAGGGCUACGAAAGUUGCUGGUCGAGGCAAACCAAAAAAUAUCCAGGUUUCCCAUAAGAUUGGAAAUCCCAUGAACUACGAUACCUUGAAGGAAACCAUAAUGAAUAUUCAAAAUUCUUUGAACGAAGAAGAUAUUCCCCUCUCCGUUGUUGUAAUAUCAGAUAGAGAGUGGCUUCUUGGAGAUCCAUCCAGGGCAGACAAGCACGCUGCAUAUUCUCUUCUUCUUGCCGAAAAUAUCUGCGACAAACUAGGAGUGAAGGUACAAAAUCUAGUUGCAGAGAUCAUCGACUCAAAACUGGGCAAACAAAUUACAAGAAUUAAGCCAUCCCUGACUUACAUUGCAGCAGAGGAAGUUAUGAGCCUUGUGACAGCUCAAGUUGCUGAAAACAGCGAACUGAAUGAGGUGUGGAAAGACAUUCUAGAUGCAGAGGGUGAUGAAAUAUAUGUGAAGGAUAUUAGCCUCUACAUGAAAGAAGGAGAGACACCAUCAUUUGCCGAGCUAUCUGAAAGAGCAUAUCUGCGGCAAGAAGUUGCCAUAGGUUAUGUGAAAAAUAACAAGAAGGUUAUUAACCCAGUUCCCAAGUCAGAACCCCUCUCCCUUGAACUGACGGAUUCAUUAAUAGUUAUAUCGGAGCUUGAAGUAGAACAACCCAUCCUCAUGAUGAAUGUAGCUUAGUCUUUUACUUUCUUCCGUUCUUCAUUGCCUCAUGGGCAUCACUGUUGCUGUCUUUCAUUGAUCAAGUCAUGCUGAUCCAACUUUUUCAGUUCUUUGUUAUGGAAGUUAACACACUGAAAAGUUUCGAGAAAGGCUGUAGGCCAGCGCGGCCUUGAAGAUAUGAGCGUGCUUUUUGCUUUAACUGGCAUUAAAAGCGGCAUAUGGACAUGGCAGCAGCUGGAGCUGUCUAAAACAGUUUGUUAAAUCAACACAAGGUGCAGUGGACAAUGUAGAAAUUUUUGAUGGCGGAGAAAUUAUUAGCAUCUUUAUUGCUUAAGGUUGGCGUAUAAUCAGAUCUCAUGUAUGGUAGUCUAGUCUAAACAAACAAUAUCCCCUACGCUCUGGGAUUGUUGUUUGUCAUAAUUAUGUACUUCGUCUUUAUAAUCCCAUAAGUGAUUUAAUGUUGUAACUCUAAUAAGUUGAAGCAUUUCAAUCAUGUGGCUUUUAUGCCAUAGUUUCAGUAUCUUAUUCGUACGCUUUUUAAUUAAUUAAAUGUGAGAGCUUGAUUUCGUACAA